UUGACCCCAAAGUCUUCUCAAAUGCUCCUGUUUCUUGAUCAAUAAUUGGUAUUGACCCCAAAGUCUUCACACUUUCACAGAUUUCUUGAUCAAACUAUCUUUCAUUUAGAUAACGAUGAGAUUAGAUUGUCUGUAAGAAUUUACUUGAAGGAGUAGGAGAAGACAAUAGACAAGAAAAACCGUCUCUCAUCAUCAACAAUAUUCAGCUUCUUCUUCGUAUUGUUUGCUGAUGGAAAACACGAGUCAACUGGUCUUAUGAUCUGUUGGAGAAAAAGGAGAGCAGUUAUUGAUUUCGAUUCUUAGAGAUGGAGGAAGACACGAUCUUGUAACUGUCUGAUAUGGCAUCUUCAUCUGCUGUUGCUCGUAAAAGGAAGUAUGAUGUGUUCCUUAGUUUUAGAGGCAAGGAUACGCGCAAUAAUUUUACCAGCCAUCUCUAUGAUGCUAUGCGUCGUAAGAAAAUCAAGACCUUCAUUGAUGACGGGCUUGAAAGAGGAGAAGAAAUUACCCCUGCCCUUCUGAAAACGAUUGAAGAAUCAAGAAUUUCUGUAGUAAUUUUCUCCAAGAACUACGCAUCUUCUCCGUGGUGUGUGGAUGAACUGGUGAAAAUACUUGAAUGCAAAGAGACUUAUGGGCAGAUUGUUUUACCGGUCUUCUAUCAUGUGGACCCAUCUGAUGUUGAUGAACAGACUGGGAGUUUUGGAAAUGCAUUUGCUGAGCUUGAAAAAAAUUUCAAGUGGAAGAUGGACAAGGUGCCAAGGUGGAGGGCUGACUUGACAUACGCAGCCAGUAUAUCUGGAUGGGAUUCACAGGUUACUAGUCCGGAGUCCAAACUAGUAAGAGAAGUUGUGCAAAGUAUCUGGAAAAGGUUAAAUCGUGCAUCCCCAAGCAAAUUAAGAGGUCUGGUUGGAGUAGAUUCACGUAUUGAGAAAAUCAACAAUUUACUAUCUACUGUGCCAUCAGAUGUACGCACAAUAGGAAUUUGGGGCAUGGGUGGUAUAGGCAAGACAACUAUUGCGGAAGCUUUCUUCUAUAGCAUCUCAAGUCAAUAUGAAGGCUGCCACUUUCUUCCGAACAUAAGGCAGGAAUCAGAAAAGGGUCGAUUAAAUGAUCUACGAGAUGAACUUCUUUCUAAACUACUGGAGGAAGAAAAUCUUGGCGUUGGCACACCACAUAUAGGACCUACUUUCAUCAGGGAUAGACUCUGCCAAAAGAAAGUUCUCCUUGUUUUGGAUGAUGUGAAUGAUGUACGACAAUUCCAGCAUUUAAUUGAAGUGCCUCUGAUUGGUGCAGGAAGUGUUGUUGUUGUAACAUCAAGAGACAAGCAAGUACUUAAGAAUGUAGCUGAUGAAAUAUACGAGGUUGAGGAAUUAAACUCCCACGAAGCUCUUCAACUCUUUAGCUUGAAUGCUUUUAAGGGAAAGCACCCCCCAAAAGCUUAUAUGGAGUUGUCAAUCACGGCAAUAAAUUAUGCCAAAGGGAACCCAUUAGCUCUUCGAGUUUUGGGUUCCUUCUUAUUCCGCAGAGAAAGACAUUUUUGGGAAUCUCAAUUAAAUAACAUCGAAAGCUUUCCCGAGCUGAACAUUUGCGACUUGCUGAGAAUAGGCUUUGAUGCACUCCGUGAUAAUAACACGAAGAGUAUAUUUCUGGACAUUGCAUGUUUCUUUAGAGGGCAUCAAGUUGAUUUUGUAAAGCGGAUACUAGAUGGCUGCGGUUUCAAAACAGAUAUUGGAUUUAGUGUUCUCAUUGACAGGUGUCUCAUUAAAAUUUCAGAUGACAAGGUUCAAAUGCAUGAUCUUUUGCAAGAAAUGGCCCAUGAAGUUGUUCGAAAAGAAUCUCUUAACGAGCUAGGAGGACAAAGCAGAUUGUGGAGUCCUAAAGAUGUAUAUCAAGUGUUGACCAAUAAUCUGGGAACUGGAAAAGUUGAAGGGAUAUUCUUGGAUGUUUCAAAAAUAAGAGAAAUCGAGUUGAGUUCUACAGCCUUGGAAAGGAUGUAUAAACUUAGACUGCUAAAAAUUUAUAAUUCUGAAGCUGGAGUUAAAUGCAGAGUGCACCUUCCUCAUGGCCUCGAGUCUCUUUCUGAAGAGUUGAGGUAUCUCCAUUGGGAUGGAUACCCUCUGACAUCUUUGCCUAGCAAUUUUCGUCCACAGAACCUUGUUGAAAUUAACCUAUCAUGUAGCAAGGUUAACCAACUGUGGAGAGGAGACCAGAAUCUCGUCAAUUUAAAAGAUGUCAACCUCAGCAAUUGCGAGCACAUAACUUUCAUGCCAGACCUUUCAAAGGCCAGAAACCUUGAGAGAUUGAAUCUUCAAUUCUGUACAAGUUUGGUUAAGUUUCCUUCAUCUGUUCAGCAUCUGGACAAGCUUGUUGAUUUAGAUUUGAGAGGCUGCAAAAGACUAAUGAAUCUUCCCAGUAGAUUUAAUUCAAGUUUUCUGGAGACUCUGAACCUUUCUGGUUGUUCAAAUAUCAAGAAGUGCCCAGAGACUGCAAGGAAACUGACAUAUUUAAAUUUAAAUGAGACUGCUGUUGAAGAGCUUCCCCAAUCAAUUGGGGAACAAAGUGGACUUGUUGCGUUGAAUUUGAAAAACUGCAAACACCUGGUUAAUCUUCCAGAAAACAUAUAUUUGUUGAAAUCUCUUCUAAUUGCUGACUUCUCUGGCUGCUCAUCUAUCAGCAGGCUUCCUGAUUUUUCGAGGAAUAUAAGAUACUUGUACUUGAAUGGAACUGCAAUAGAAGAACUGCCAUCUUCAAUUGGUGGUCUAAGGGAACUCAUUUAUUUAGAUCUAGUUGGCUGCAACUUGCUAAAGAAUCUGCCGAGUGCGGUUUCUAAGUUGGGAUGCCUUAAAAAACUUGAUCUUUCCGGUUGCUCAAGUAUCACGGAGUUUCCAAAGGUUUCUAAUACUAUAAAGGAGCUGUAUUUAAAUGGGACAGCAAUACUAGAGAUUCCCUCUUCAAUAGAAUGUUUGUUUGAUCUUGCUGAAUUGCACCUGCGAAACUGCAAACAAUUUGAGAUUCUUCCAAGCGGCAUCUGCAAGUUGAGAAAACUGGAGAGGCUUAAUCUCUCAGGUUGCGUCCAAUUUCGGAAUUUUCCAGAAGUUUUGGAGCCGAUGGUAUGUUUGAGAUAUCUCUAUUUAGAACAGACAAGCAUAACAGAGUUGCCUUCACCGAUUGGAAAUCUGAUGGGACUUGCCUGCUUGGAAGUGGGAAACUGCAAAUAUCUAAAAGACAUCGAAUGUUUUGUUGACUUGCAAUUGCCCGAGAGAUGCGUGGAUUUAGAUUCUUUGCGUAAGCUAAAUCUAGAUGGUUGCAGUCUAUCGGAAGUGCCGGACAGUCUUGGUCGUUUUUCGUCACUGGAAGUGUUAGAACUAAGUGGAAACAAUUUUCAGACUAUACCUAUAAGCAUCAAUAAACUCUUUGAGUUGCAAUAUCUCGGAUUAAGGAAUUGCACGAGACUUGAAUCAUUACCGGAGCUUCCACCACGGCUAUCAAAGUUGGAUGCAGACAAUUGCGAGAGUUUGCAUUAUCUAGUAUCAAGCUCAUCAACUGUAGUUGAGGGGAACAUUUUUGAAUUCAUUUUCACUAAUUGCUCGAGAUCGCGUUGGUUCAAUCAAAUCUUGGCGUACUCAUUAUUGAAAUUUCAACUUUACACCAAAAGGUUAUACCAUCAGCUGCCCGAUGUUCCAGAAGGGGCAUGUAGUUUCUGCCUCCCUGCAAGUGCGACUCCGGAGUGGUUUAGCCAUCAAAGUUGGGGAUCUACAGUAACAUUCCAGCUAUCUUCACAUUGGGCUAAUAGCCAGUUCUUGGGUUUCUCUCUUUGCGCUGUCAUUGCAUUUUAUUCUGUCAGCUAUGGUUUGCAAGUUAAAUGUACAUAUCACUUCCGCAAUGAGCACGGUGAUAGCCAUGAUCUCUAUUGUUAUCUCCAUGGUUGGUAUGAUGAGAAGCGAAUCAACUCAGCACACAUAUUGGUGGGGUUUGAUCCCUGUGUGGUUGCCAAAGAAGAUUAUAUGUUUAGUGAAUACAGUGAGGUCUCUGUUGAGUUCCAACUGGAAGAUAUGAACGGCAUUCUCUUAGCAUUAGAUGUUUGUGAAGUAAAUGAGUGUGGGGUUCGUCUACUGUAUGAAGAUGGGAUACAUCCCUUUGAUUUGAUCAUGCCAGGCUCCUCUCGUUUUCAUCCUCUGGAUCGAGAUGGAUUGGAAGCAAGGUUCCAAGCCAAGAGAGCAAGGUUCCAAGCCAAUAGAGGGGAGGAUUCUUCUAUCAUGCGUUGGACGUAUAAAUUAUUGGAUUAUGAACUUUAUUCUGAAAGGUUCGGAUUACCCCGGCAUGUGGAGGCAUCUAGUUUCUACCUUCUUGGAGAUGUGAGUCCGGAGUGGUUUAGCCAUCAAAGUUGGGGAUCUAUAGUAACAUUCCAGCUAUCUUCGUAUCGUGAUAGCAGCGAGUUCUUGGGUUUCUGUCUUUGCGCUGUCAUUGCAUCUUAUUCUUUCAGUCGUGAUUUGGUAGUUAUAUGCACAUAUCACUUCCGCAAUGAGCACGGUGAUAGCCAUGAUCUCUAUUGCUAUCUCCAUGAGAAGUUUGAUGAGAGGUGCAUCUACUCAGAUCUCAUAUUUGUGGGAUUUGAUCCCUGUGUGGUUGCCAAAGAAAAGGAUAUGUUUAGUGAAUACAGUGAGGUCUCAGUUGAAUUCCAACCGGAAGAUUUUUACGGCAAUCUCUUCCCAUUAGAUUGUUGUCAAGUGGUUGGGUGUGGGGUUCGUCUAUUGCAUGCCAAUGAUGGAUUGGAAGCAAUGUUCCAAGCCAAGAGAGCAAGGUUCCAAGCCAAUAGAUGGGAGGAUUAUUCUGUCAUGCGUAGGACGUAUGAAUUAUUGGAUUUUAAACUUUAUUCCAAAAAGUUCGGAUUACUCUGGCAUGUGGAGAUGCUAUUUGAAUUGUGUUACAAUGGCCUGUGUUGGGUUGUUGUCAUUACAUGUGCAGCAAAUGGACAGCACCAACCAUUGACUAUUGGCAGCUACCAUUGUUUAAGAAGAGGAGGAGUUGGCAGCCACCUUUGUUGAAGAAGUGCUGGAGAAGGUUGCCAUGAAAUGUCUAUAAAAGAGGCAUAUUUUAUAGUGAUGUUUGAUUUUUGAGCAAAAAUGAAAGUUCUCAAAAUAGUAUUUUGACCAUACCACUGUGUAGAGGAGGAAGAGACGAAGCCACUAUUGAAAACCGCGUCGAAAUCGUCACGCGUCGGCGAGGACACUGCCCACGCGCACAGACGCGCGCCACGCGUCACACGCGUCUUCUUCACCCGGAUGAGCCAACCCGACCCGAAUACCAGACGACCCGACCCACGUGCUAGACCUGGAUAAGGAUGACAUCAGCAUGACGUAAUUAUGACGUCAGCAUGCACAGUAGGCAUGCCCAUGAUGACAUCAACAUGAUGUAACGAUGACGUCAGCAUGCACAGUCAGCAUGCCAUGUCAGCGACCAGUCAUCAGCCGCGAGCCGAGCCGAGCCGAGCCGCGAGCCGAGGGACAGGAUCCAGUGUAGCUGAUCCUACGUGCAACCGGAUCUGAGAUUGAAUCUGAGCCGUUGUUCAGGCCAGAAUUGUUUUGAUCAAAUCUUAGCCGUCUGAAGUGCGAUUUGGACGAUUUCAGACUUGUUUCCAGCUAAUUUGAUCGUUCCGGAUGCAAUGGUACGGUCCGAUCAUUGAGAUUUGAGACCAAAAAUGGCGGUGGUGAAUUAACAAAAGAGAUUGCCCGAUCAUGAGGCAUCUGAAGGUCAUCAUGGUGGUCCUUGAAGAGAAGAAGAAGAAGGUGCACAUGUUUACCCAAUUACAUGUGCUGAACUGCUAAGUGGGGAGAAUUUUAACUGCCUUGAAGGAAGGCAAAAUUGGGACACUCUAGACACCCGAUCAUGUGGACAAUUUGAGGUAAAGAGUGGAAAUUGAUGAAGACCAAUCUUGACUAAUCUAAGAACUGGUAGUCUCGCCAGAUGUUGAGAAAUGAUGUAUUAAACCAGUAUAUUCCAGAUCACUUGUAAAGGAAAGCCGGGACAAAGCUAGCAAAUGGUUGUAUAUACGGAAAGACAGUACGAUGGAUAAAUAUGGCCUAAGAAGUUUUGUCUAGGAGAUUGGGUUUUAAGCAGGACCAGUGUGACCCCUCCAAUCUUUUCUGGGAACUUGCUUAGUGGAAGAAUUAUCCAUAAGGUACUAUUUUCGUAUAUAUAGCAGUUUGUUCGGUGAUUUCUUCAAUGAAGUUAGAUUCGGUGACUGUGAUUUCUCGAGGGGAGAAUUGAUAAAGACCUUGAUAAUGGAAGAGAAAUACAGCAAGGGAAUAAAGAUUGGCACCCUUUUUUGACUUGGACAGGUGUUGUGACAGGAUGAGCUGCUGUCAAACAUAAGCAAGGAAUAGGGGAAAAUCUGGAGAACAGAAAUUGCACGAGGGCACACGGAGAUUGUGCAGGAGUACCCGUAGGAUCCAACGAGGUACUGUAAUGAGACAACAGGUGCAAGGAGAAGAAGUAUUCCCAGAUGAAGCUCAGAGCAGAGACUGUUAAAGUUUGUACAACAGAAAGUCUCUUAUGCUCUUGAUGAAGACAACAUGCGAAGACCUUUCCAAUGCAUGCAAGGAUUGAAAGAGAGCUGUUACAGAGGCACCUAAUUGAGGGGGUGCAAAUGCCUGUAAUAUAAGGCAACUGCCUAUGAUGAAAGGCGAAGACACCAAAGAGAGUUGGUGUAGGUGGAGCUGUCAAGCAGAAAAGCACAGAAGCUCCAAACAUAGAAAUCGAGGUGGAGGAUUGCGAGGAGUAUACCACAACUUUCUCUUUCUAUGUAGUCAGUGGCAGUAAUCUCUCCCAUAGUGCACAUGGCGGUAGAGAAUUUUGGAGCCACUUUGAAGCAUCUUAGCUGAAGGAGGAUGCGACCGCCUCAUGACAACUGACGAAGACACCUUACAAAAGGUGUGAGGGCUAUGAUAGGAGCCCAGAUCAGACCGCCCCAUGACAACGGGCGAAGACACCUUACAAAAGGUGUGAGGGCCAUAAUAGGAGCCCGGAUCAGACCACCCCAUGACAACGGGCGAAGACACUUUAGAGAAGGUGUGUGGGUUAUAAUAUGAGCCCAGUUCAGAACGCCCAGAGCCAAUGUGAUGGCUAGAUAUUAGUGGACAGGUGUGUAGCCAAUGAAGUGUCUAUGAUGAGUAUGGAGACAAAUGCAGGAUUGACUUUCAUGGAUAUUGCCCCCAUGCUAAAGAUCAAUGAGCUAGAAGACAUUUGCAUUGGACAAUAAGUGUGUGACUUGUGGAGCAUUAAGACGCGGCUGCUAUGAAGGAGCAGAGGGCAUGCGCAGGUUCCAGGAACGAGUUGACUCUUGUCAAGGUGGUGAGCUCGGUAAUGGCAUUGUAAUACUCAGAGUAUAAAUACAUAUAUGGAUCAACCUUUAAUGGGCUGCCCCUAUAGGUGAAGAUGGAGAGCUACCUGGACUCUUACGACUAAGAGCGAGAGACUUACGGAGAAGUAAGGCGUGGUUCCUAGGGUGGAACAGAGGGCAGGCGCAACUCCUAGAUGAGUAGACUCUUGGAAGAGUGGUGAGCUCGUGAUUAUAUUGAGAUACUCAGAUAAUGACUGUCACACUUAGAAAAAGAAAUUUCCGUUUGAGGGGGUGUUGCAAGCCUUGGUGUAAGGCUUGAUGAAUCAUUCCGGACCGAGCAUGGUUGAUACGCUCGAAGGGGAAUGUUGUGUUCCAGAGACAAGCGUUAACACUCUUCAGAUGUGAAGUGGCAGACCAUCUGGUUGUAGUGAUCCUUCUGUGUGAGAAAAGGUGUGCUUUGGUAACUUUGGUGAUUGAAAGGUUUGGUGAGUACCUGUAAACUCGACCACAGAUGCUCUCAGAAUGGUAAACUUGAAAGAGCUGCAAGAUGCAAGCCUGUGCUGGAGAAGGUUGCCAUGAAAUGCCUAUAAAAGAGGCAUAUUUUGUGAGAGCAAGAUUGUGAGAGUGUGUGAGAACGUGAAGAGAAGAGAAGAAGAGAGAAAGAGGAGCUGCUGCCAUGGGCAGUAGCCCUGCUGCCAUAUGCAGCAGAGUGUGUGAGCUGGGAGUUGAGUGAUCCUCCUCCAUGUAUUUAUUGUAUCCUUUCUUUAUCCCUAAAUAAUAUGUACUCUUUCCCGUGGA